AUGUGUUCGCUCAACCCAUUCCCCAUGCUCCUUUAUCAAGUGCUACUCGAUCACUGUGCGAUUGUGUCAAUUCUAUUCGGUAUCCACCUGGUGUGCGCGCUUUUCUCGCUCACGUUUCUGGUGUUAUGCUUUCUGAAGAAGAAAUUUGGCUCUUCUUACCAAAUUCUACUUCACGCAUACUUAUUGAGUAUUUUGCUGAUGGGACUGACAUCGUUGUUUGCUGUAUUGUAUCUACCGCUAUCGUUUCUACAGCAGUCACAUUCCCUCAGUGAAGGUCAGUUGUCUCCGAUAAUGUCAGAUGUAUUCUGGUCAUCCUCCGGCAUGCUCACGCUGCAGUUCAUACAGAAGAAUCUCGUCGAGCAAAUGCUGCCGCUCAUGGAGAGCUGCUUCGAAUAA